GGGGUUGAUUAAUCGUGAAGGAAAUUUCGCGGGCAUCAACAAAUCGAGGAAAUGAAGUGGAAAGUGAAUAUUGAAACAGCACUCUUCGUAGGAUUCUUAUCUCUUUGUUUGGUUAGCAUGACCAUGGCCAACGGGACGUUCCAUUAUUUUGCUUUUGGCAGUAAUUUAUUAGCGAAGCGCAUCCACAUUCAGAACCCAACUGCCGUACGGAAAGGGUUCGGAUAUCUGAAGGACUUUAGUCUGGAUUUUUUCCAUUACGCGGCGCGAUGGCGAGGAGCGCCCGCUACAAUAGUGGAGCAGGAAGGGAAGAAGGUGUGGGGUGCCAUAUGGGAGAUAGACAAUAGCAAUUUGGCUGAUCUAGAUCGACAGGAAGGAGUUCACAAUAGUGUAUACAAAGCCUUAACGCUGCCCGUCGUGUUGCCAAACGGUACGACACUCGACUGCCGGGUUUAUCAGUUGGUUCGCAACCCCUGCUGCAUUGCACCGGAUGCGGAAGAUAGACCCUACGAAAGACAGCCUUCGAAAACGUACAUGAACAUCAUCAUCAACGGGGCCAAAGAAACGGGACUUCCAGAAGAUUAUAUCGCGCUGUUAAAAAGGAUUAAACAUAACGGGAAUACUGGCGAUCCACAGCUUGCUCUAGAAUUAGAAAAACCCAUCGAAGAGCUAUAGGACUUGCUUUUUGUCUUUAGUUAAAAGUGCUGUUUUUGUUUGUUAACGGUCUUGGUAAUUGUGAACCAAAGUUCCUAGAGAUUUGAUUUAAAUUGGCUGCUGCUUGGAAUGAUUUGUUUUUCAUGGAAAUGCUAAUGCAAUUCUUUUAUAUUUCUCUUGACAAUUAAAACAGGCAUUAAAUGUUAUGUUCAAUUCCAAUUCCGCGUAUGAGAGAAUGGUUUAGAUGAGACUUGGUACAGCGACCUACAAAGCUACCAUAUUGUCUAUUAUUCGGAGCUGGACUAUAGCUCCUCUAUUAUAUUGUCUAUUAUUCGGAGCUGGACUAUAGCUCCUCAAUUAUUAGUAUAGUUAGAUAAUUGGUUUUGGAAGAGUUUUUAUCAAAUUGCAGAUCUAAUAAGUGUUCAGAUUUCGAUAGCUUCUAAAGCAUGCGCACAUUGAUAUUUUGGAUUUUGGGAAAUAAAGUGAUUACCGAUGGUAUAACCAUUAUAA